AUGGAAUGUCAAAAAGCUCAAUUCUUUGUAACCAUUCUUAUCAUUCUCUUUGCGGUUUCAAGUAGCAAAAAUGUUUGUAACCCGGCCUGUAAGGCUAAAGAACCGUUCAACUGCGACAAUCCACUUACAUUCAACCGAACUAGUUUUCCAAAGAACUUCACUUUUGGUGCGGCUACUUCAGCCUACCAGAUCGAAGGUGCUUCACAUAGAGCACUUAACGGAUGGGACUAUUUCACUCAUAGAUAUCCAGAGAAAGUGCCAGACCACAGUUCUGGAGACCUUGCUUGUGAUUCGUAUGAUCUUUACAAGGAGGAUGUCAAAUUACUGAAAAGAAUGAAGGCUCAAGCAUACAGACUCUCAAUAGCAUGGUCAAGGAUCUUACCAAAGGGAAGAUUGACUGGAGGGAUUGACGAAAACGGGAUAAAAUACUACAAUAACCUCAUCAAUGAGUUAAAAGCAAAUGGCAUUGAACCGUACGUAACAAUAUUCCACUGGGAUGUUCCCCAAACUCUAGAAGAUGAGUAUGGAGGUUUCUUGAGUCGACGCAUAGUAGAGGACUACAAAAACUAUGCCGAGCUUCUAUUUCAGAGAUUCGGAGACAGAGUCAAAUUUUGGAUCACUUUAAACCAGCCUUACUCUCUCGCAAGCAAAGGUUAUGGAGACGGAUCGUAUCCUCCUGGACGGUGCACUGGCUGUGAAUUUGGAGGAGAUUCUGGAACUGAGCCUUAUAUAGUUGCACAUAACCAACUUCUAGCUCAUGCAAAAACUGUAGCAUUAUACCGAAAACGAUAUCAGAAAUUGCAUGGUGGUAAAAUAGGAACGACCUUGAUCGGGAGAUGGUUCACCCCAUUAAACGAAAAUAGCAUUCGUGACACGGCUGCUGCAAAGCGGGCAUUUGAUUUCUUCGUUGGAUGGUUUUUGGAUCCAUUGGUUUAUGGAAGAUAUCCAAAGAUAAUGCGACAGAUGGUUGGACCUAGAUUGCCAAAAUUCACACCUCAAGAAUCAAAGUUAGUCAAAGGAUCACUUGAUUUUCUAGGGUUGAACUAUUAUGUUACACAAUACGCGACCAAUGCACCUCCUUCUACAAAACCUAGUGUCAUAACCGAUCCAAGAGUUACACUUGGAUAUUACCGCAACGGAGUACCUAUUGGUGUUCAGGCGCCUAGCUUCGUCUACUACCCUCCAGGGUUCCGUCAGAUUCUAAAUUAUAUCAAAAACAAAUACGGAAACCCACUUACCUACAUCACUGAAAACGGAAUUGGAGAUCUUGAUAUGGGAAACUUAACCCUGCCAAAUGCUCUUGCUGAUAAUGGACGAAUUCAAAAUCAUUGCAGCCAUAUUUCAUGUCUAAAAUGCUCUAUCGAGGAUGGAUGCAACGUAGCAGGAUAUUUUGCAUGGUCAUUAAUGGACAACUACGAGUUCGGAAAUGGUUACACUCUCCGGUUUGGUAUGAACUGGGUCAAUUUCACUAAUCCUGCUGAUAGAAGAGAAAAAGAUUCUGGAAAAUGGUUUUCUAAGUUCAUAAUCAAACAAUAA